GAAUUCAUAGUACAUCUGCAGAAUACAGUAUUAUCAAGAGAUACAUCAAGCAUUACCAAGCUGAUACCGCAAAUUUACCCGAGUGCUCUGCAUAUUUGAGGAAGAGGAUUGUAAAACUAAAAUUGGACUUGGGGCAUCAUUAUUUAUAGUGCCUUUCUCUCGUUUUUCAUGGUUUCUAUAGUGCUCCGUAUACAAAAUGAAGUUGUCGAGGUUAUUGGCUUUUGCUGCCACUUGUGCUGUGGCUUGUUCAACAGAGGNUUUCGGUAUUCUUACGACUUUUGAUUCUUAUACUUACCAAGGAGACUCCCCCUACCCCCUUCCUUCUGACCCAGGUUGGGUGGCUACUGUUGGUUGGAAAAUGAACUCUAAUGAUGUAAUGCCUGGUGAUACGUUCCAAUAUUCUUUUAUUUGUGCUUAUGCUUUCACAGCUGACAGUCAGACAUUCAAUUUCGAAGCUGGCGGAAAGACCUAUGCCACGUGUUACACUUAUUCUGGUGAAAGUUACGAAGGAUAUUCCUACUUCAGAUGUACUAUUACCGAUGAGAUUCAAAACGUAAACGAAAUUGGUGGUACCUUGUCUUUUCCUUAUAUUUACAAUCUUGGAGGGUCCCUUAGUGAAUCUGAUAUUUUUGGUAGUUUAUAUUGUUUGACACCAGGAGAGAAUACCAUCGUAAUCUAUCCCAUGAGAGAUGGUGAAAGAAACGUGACUUUCAAUGCUGGCACUCCAACAAACAGACUGUUGGAGGAAACCAUAACUANUUUGCGAUUACUUCCACAGAGAAGGGAGCUUCAGUCAUAUGCAGUCGGUCAACUUUGCCCUGAUGGUUUUGCAAGAGGUCAACUUGAGAUCUCCCUAGAGAAUUCCGUCAUUAAUUGUACAUCCGUUGAGACUGCAAUCACCAACCAACUUAGUGCUUGGGGAUUUGUCCAAACCUUCCAAUUAGACUCAAAUAUUAGUGUGGUUUGUCAGGAAAAUCGCGUUCAAAUUUCCUACGAAGAUAUUCCUCAAGGCUACCGCCCUCUUGUUGAUUUCUUGUCCAGCUUCCCAGAAGGCGAAUCUGUCCUCGCUACCUACACUGAUGUUGCUACUUGCAACAGCCAGAUAGUCCUCAAUAGCACCUACAUAGAAGAUUGGUCUUUGGUUUUGGGCGAAAUUGGAUCUGGAGGACCAGCUGAAGGAGAUAACUAG